AUGGACACAGCCGUGUCGGCGCACCAGCGCAAGAUCGAGCUCCAGUCCCCCGAGGACCUGACCUACCUGCUGGCCAACGUGCGGCGCGCCGCCGCCGAACACAUCAACGAGGCGUUCCCGCCGGUCGAAGGCGCACAAGGGGAGGAUGAGCUGCGGACGCGAAUAGAAGAGCUCGUGAACGAGGUACGCGGGUUCCCUCCUUCUCCAUCCAUUCAUCCAUCCCUCUAUUUCCCAGACCCAGACACCCAAAACCUACACGCAAGGGGACGCGAAGAGCAUGUUCUGACCCCAGCCGCGCCCCGCGCACAACAGUACAUCACCAAGACCUUCACGCUCGCCUCGCCGAACCUGAGCGUCAACGGCAUGCCGCUGGACGACCUGUCGCUCCUCUCGCCCGACUACGCGGGCUCGUCGCGCGACCCGCUCGAGCCCGAGGUCGUGUACGCGCCGUUCGACGGGCGGGCGCGCACGCGGGUCGAGGAGCUGACGCGCGAGGAGGAGGACCUGCUGCGCGACAUAGCGGCGCUGAAGAAGAGCGUGCCCGGCGCCGCGGCGGGCGCGUGGGCCGAGGCCGCGCGCUCCGGCCUGCGCGCCGACGAGGAGGCGCUCGCCGCCGCCCGCGACCGCGGCGCCCGGGCGGCCGAGGGUGUCGACGGCGGCGGCGGCGUCAAGAUCGUCGAUCUCGAGCGCCAGGAGGACGUCGAGCGCGGCUAUGCCAGGGCCGUCGCCGGGCUCGCGCGCAUGAAGAAGGACAUGCCGGCCGUGGUGGCGCGCAUGGAGCGGGCCAGGGGGGCGGGGAGCUAUGUCGUGACGGAGAAGUGA